AUGGUGGCUGUUCAGUUGUUCAGCUGGAAGCCAUUGAUUCUACCUUCAAAAGCUUCUUCGAGACCAGAUCAAAUCCCGUCUCUUAACAGGAGAUUGUGUUUACACUCUCUGCCUUUAGGUGGGAUUGACUCUUUUAGAUGCAGAGUUCUGUAUGGUCUUUUUGUUCGUGUUCUUCCUCGAUUCGGCUCAUGCUUUCUCGGAUAUACUACAGGGACCUUCAGAGUCAAAUCUCAAGGGACAGGAGGAGACACAGUGCCGUCUAACGAUAACCUGGAUGUAUCAAAUGAUUUCAAUCCCAACUUCCAUAAGAGUCUUCGGUAUAAACUUUUCAUAGGAUGCAUCCCACUGUAUGCGGUGUUCAGAAUAAUGCAAAAGAUAUUCCAAGAGCUUCCUCGUCUAAUUCAGAGCUCAUCGGGGGCUGGCUUGGCUUUUGCUUGUGCAUCGAACUCUCUAAAUAAACCUACUCCUCUCAAGUUGGACGUGUCCCUUCCUGCUUUCCAAGAUGUUAAAUGGAGUAUCGCAAGGUUUCUUUACCUGUUCAAUGUUCAGCUUGAGAAGAACGUUGCCACGUUCCUUGUGGUGCUCCUGAUAUCAUGCAUAUCGUUUGUUGCAAUUGGAGGAAUCCUAUUUUUCAAAUUCAGGAAAGACGAUACACCCUUGGAACAAUGCUUCUGGGAGGCCUGGGCAUGCCUUAUUUCCUCUUCUACUCAUCUAAAGGUUAUGAUUUGCGUCGUCACCGUUUCAAAGAUAUUAUUCCAGAUCGAUUACAACUUACAAGCCUCGAAGUUCUUGCUACUAAAAGCCUUUAUGUUUGCUGAAAACUACAGCAGAAGUCGCGUGUUGAAAAACUCAUUGGAUUUAUCCUAG